AUGCCUGAGUCUCGUCUGAGUCCCACGGCAGCCCGUCAAACCGCAGCCAGCAGCCUCCUCAGUCACACAGGCGACAGUGCAGGAGCUAAUGGGGACUCCUGCAGUGGAGUGAGAGCUGAAAACUUACAAAGUUUGCACCAUAAGCAGGUCCUUCUGGCUAUGAUGGCUCCCCAGCAGCUUCUGUCAGCGAGUCAGCUGCAGGUUCUCAUUCAGCACAAGCAGCUUCUGCUCCAGCAGCAACAUCUGAAAGAGUUUUACAAGAAACAAGAGCAGAUCCGCCUGCAGCUGCUUCAACAGCAACCCAGCAAGAACGUCAAAGAGGCUGCACAGAAGCUGGUGUUCCAGCAGCUCCAGCAGCAGCACCUCCUCAGCAGGGUGCAGACACCCAUCCUGUCCUCACCCGUCCUCUCUCCAGCUGGUUUUACUUCUGCAGAGCUUCAGCAGCUGUGGAAACAGCUGGCAAAUGGACUAACUGGCGAUAAAAGUCAGGCGAGGGGACACCGGGUCUCUGCGGUAAACGGUAUAAAGGCGACGAAUGUGGCAGAGAAACAAUCGGGUGGCCAGCAGUCUCCUCCCUGCAGGACAGAAUGCUCUGCCAAAGCUGAUCACACUGCCACGCCCACUCACGCACUCUACAGUCAUGGUGUGUGUAAUUGGCCUGGAUGUGAGUCAGACUGCAAAAACUUCAGCCAGUUUAUCCAGCACAUAGGAAGUGAGCACUCUCUGGAUGACAGAAGUGCAGCCCAGUGCAGAGUCCAGGUGCAGGUGGUUCAGCAACUCCAGCUUCAGCUCUGCAAAGAACAGGAGCGUCUGCGAGCGAUGAUGGCUCACCUGCACAUGCCGUCUUUAGAAUCCAAGUCGCUCCACGCGCCUGGGUGCCUGCAGCUGCCACAGUGUGACAGAGCCACUGACCCACUCAGUGUGCAGCUCAGCUCCGUGGCCGGCAGCAUGCCCUCGCUGAGCCCUUCAGACUCAGCCCGGGUGUCGCCUCCACCUCCGGCCUCCUUCAGCACCUCAUCCCAGGCAGGUGUAGAAGAGUCGGACACUCCGACACCAUGCACCGCUGUUAUGAGACGACAGCGUCAGUUGGCCCGGUCUUCAGAACACGAGUACGACCUCUACAAGAACUCAGACGUCAGACCGCCUUUCACCUACGCAACGCUGAUAAGACAGGCGAUUAUGGAAGCGUCAGAUAUGCAACUCACACUCAAUGAGAUAUACAACUGGUUCACACGGACGUUUGCUUAUUUCAGGCGCAACGCAGCCACUUGGAAGAACGCAGUGCGACACAACCUGAGCCUGCACAAGUGUUUUGUACGUGUGGAGAAUGUGAAGGGCGCUGUGUGGACAGUGGAUGAGGCAGAAUACCAGAGGAGACGAUCACAGAAGAUCACAGGGGGUCCGCCACUGAUGAAAGGCAUAUCGUCCGACCUUGAUUUUGGGGCUGUCCUGCAAGCCAACAUACAGACAACAAUGACUGAGGCACCAUCUGCAGGGUUCAGGAAGGAAUCUGUAAGCAGAGGCUCCGAGAAUCAAGAGACCAGCGCAUCAGACAUCCACAGUAACUCAGACUCCUUUUCACAACUCCAGCAAUGUUUCUUCAUUAACAAUGAAGCACGGAAUCUCCAUGGCCAAGAAUCUGCGAUGAUAACAGCAAAGGCAGUGAGUCUGCAGCAUGACGUCACUGAUAAUGAAGAUCAGCUGUUCAACUUUGACUGA